ACCGGCGGGCGCGCAGCGAGCGGCGCGGCCCCGCGCGGCCCCGGCGCGGCCCGAGCGCUUCCGCCGGCGGGGCGGAAACCGCGGCCGGGCGUGCGCGGGGCGGCACCGGGCCGAGCCGAGCCGACCGAGCCAGGUGUUCCUGUGUGAGCACUGGGGCCAGGUGCUGUCACUCACUGCCCUGAAGGACCGGGGAUGAGUUUGAAAUCUGGACUGCCCUGUGCUGUCUGAAGCACUCCAUGCUCCUGGGCUUCCAUCUCUGCCAGUGUGGCACCUUUCACCUCUGGAUAAAGCUGUUCCUCAGUUUUGCUUUGCAGAGCAAGUUCCUGCAGAAAAAGAAGACUGGAUCUCAUUUCCCAAGAGGCUGUUGAGUCACGUGCUGCCUGGAGAGCCACUGUUAGGUGUCCCCAUGUUCCUUGCCAGGACAUGCCAUCCCUCCUGGUGACUGCUACUUCCUGCAGGAGGGGACCUGAGUGACUCCUGCCCACCCUGGAACCUGUGUGCCCCUGUUUGCCCUUCAAGGCUGUCUGUUCAAGUGUGCUGAGAAACAAAUGGGAGCUCAAGGUGCUCUGUCCCAGAAACAAAUGAUUGCUGCCAGCCAUGUCCCCUGAGCGGGUGCCACUGCCCUCUGCCCCCAGGGCCUGUGCCAGUAGCCACUCUGGGAUUUGCUGAGCCACAGGGUUCAUGUUGAGCGUGUUGUGUUUUAGGGUUUUGAGGAAAAUGCAGAGGCGGCACAGCAGCAACACGGACACCGUGCCUCCUGAAAGGAGCCGGAGCCAGACGCUGAGCUCGGAGGCCAGCGUGGACGAGAGCGGGGUGUUCGAGAGCCUCAAGGCCGAGGCCGCCUCCCCUCAGCAGCUCUUCUCGGGGCUGGCCGGCCUCCCCGCGGCCUCCAUGGCCGCCGCGCCCUUCCCGGCGGGGCUGGUGCUGGGCUCGGCGGCCGGGGGCGGAGAGGUGUUCAUCCAGAUGCCGGCCCCGAGGGACGAGGGCGCCGGCCGGGCCGAGGGGGCCCCGUUCCACCACCGGGCCCCGGCGCAUCACUUCCAGCACGGGCACCACCGCGGCUCCUCGCUGCUGCACAUGGCCGGCGGCGAGCGGCACGGGCACGCCGAGGAGGGCGUCGAGGAGCAGGCCGGAACGCCGGCCCCGGCUCUCUCGGAGCUCAAAGCCGUGGUGGGCUGGCUGCAGAAGGGACUGCCCUUCAUCUUGAUCCUCCUGGCUAAAGUUUGUUUCCAGCACAAGCUCGGAAUUGCUGUGUGCAUUGGCAUGGCCAGCACCUUUGCCUACGCCAACUCCACGCUCCGAGAACAGGUGGCUCUGAAGGAGAAGAGAUCAGUGCUGGUUGUCUUCUGGAUCCUGGCCUUCCUCACUGGAAACACCCUGUACUUGCUUUACACAUUCAGCUCUCAGCAGCUGUACAACAGCCUCAUAUUCCUGAAACCCAACCUGGACAAGCUGGACUUCUUUGACCUGAUGUGGAUUGUGGGCAUUGCAGACUUUGUGCUGAAGUACCUCACCAUUGCCCUGAAAUGCCUCGUGGUGGCCCUGCCCAAGAUCAUCCUCGCUGUCAAGUCAAAGGGAAAGUUUUAUCUGAUUAUUGAGGAGCUGAGCCAGCUGUUCCGCUCGCUGGUGCCCAUCCAGCUGUGGUACAAAUACAUCAUGGGGGAUGAUCCCUCCAGCAGCUACUUCCUGGGGGGCAUCCUGAUCAUCAUGUACAGCCUCUGCAAGUCUUUUGACAUCUGUGGCCGUGUGGGAAGUGUCAGGAAGGCUCUGAAGGUCCUUUGCACCCCCCAGACCUAUGGAGUCCGUGCCACGAGCCAGCAGUGCAGUGAGGCAGGAGACAUCUGUGCCAUCUGCCAGGCAGAGUUCAGGGAGCCUCUGAUCCUCCUGUGCCAGCACGUGUUCUGUGAGGAGUGCCUGUGCCUGUGGUUCGACCGGGAGAAGACGUGUCCCCUGUGCCGCUCGGUCACCGUGGAGACGCUGCGCUGCUGGAAGGAUGGCACCACCUCUGCCCACCUGCAGGUCUACUGACACACCCUGGGCACCCCUGCAGGUGUGCUGACACACCCAGGGCACCCUGCCCCCCUGCAGGUGUGCUGACAGCAGGGCAGCUCACCAGGCACGGAGCUGGAGAUCCCAGGAUCCUUGCUCUGUUGUCCCAGGAUCCCAGUUCUGUUGUCAG